AUGUGUCUGGCCUUCCUGGGAGUUGCUGUGUGUGUUGGCAGCACCUGGGUUACGCUGCUGAUGUUUAGGCGGCAAGUUCCAUGCAGACGAUGGAUAGCAUUGAGUGCUUGUUUGUGGCUGGCUUGCUUUGGUGGCCUUUGGGCCGGCGACCAAAACUAUGGCCACCACAUGAUCAGUUUCUACACUUAUCAGGAUUUGGUGUCCUAUACCGACUUGGACCCUGCCGUGGCCAAGGGUCAGAGUUUCAUGGACUCUGGCGAGGCUGCAUCUGCGAAUUUGUUGGAAGCUGGAUACGAGAUGAUACGAGUAGCCUUUGAGACUUCUUGA